AUGGCAGUGACCGAGCUGGAGGUAGUUCUUGUUUGCUUGGGCUUGCUUGUUUUGGUUUGUUUUUCGCACGGGGCUGAUCCUGCUCGUGCUGAACACGUGCCAAAACCCAGAGACGAGCGGCAGAAGCCAGAGUCGCUCAGCACCCUCCAGGAUCGGAGCCUUUGGGCUGAGCUCGGGGCCAGCUUGGACGGAUCCUGCCCGGUGCCAGGAGCCUCCGGGGUGGACCAGCUCCUUCCUGAUUUCUUUGAGGAAUCUGGCGUACCAAUGGCCACAGAAAACCAGGUUAGUGCACAGACCUGUCUGCACUGGGCCUGCAAGCGGAACCAUGCCCAGGUCGUGUCCUGCCUGCUGGGCGCCGGCGCCGACCCUGAGCUCCUCACCGCCGAGGGAGAGCGGGCCGCGCAGCUGACUUCCAAACCGGGCAUCCGGAAGAUCUUGGGAGGCCUCAUCUCGCCGGCAGCACCCCACCAGGCCGUACCUCUGCAAACCGACCAUUCACCCACGGGGCCCGCGCCAGCCUUUCAGCCCUUUUUCUUUACUGGAACUUUCCCAUAUAACAUGCAAGAACUUGUGCUAAAGGUGAGAGUCCAGAACCUCAGAGACAAUGACUUCAUUGAAAUUGAACUGGACAGACAAGAACUGACCUAUCAAGAUCUGCUCAGAGUGAGCUGCUGCGAGUUGGGCGUUAAUCCAGAACAAGUAGAGAAGAUCAGAAAAUUACCUAAUACACUAGUGAGAAAGGACAAGGAUGUUGCCAGGCUUCAGGACUUCCAAGAGCUGGAGUUAGUUCUCGUGAAGAGUGACAGCUCUCCUUUCAGAAAUGCUGCAUCAACUUUGACCGAGAGACCAUGCUACAACAGUAGAGCAUCAAAGCUGACUUACUGA